AUGAUCCAGAAGCACUUCCAGUAUAUUCUGCUGCAUUUAAUUUCAGAACCAGAAUCACUGCGCCUCAUUGGUGGUCCACACUCCUGUGCUGGCAGAGUGGAAAUGUUGCACCUGGAUGUCUGGGGUACAGUCUGUGAUGACUCCUGGGAUUUGGCAGAUGCUCAGGUGGUGUGCAGGCAUGUUGGAUGUGGAGAGGCAGUGAGCCCACACAGUGAGGCUUCCUUUGGAAGUGGGAACGGCUCGAUCUGGCUAGAUGAAGUGAACUGCAAGGGCGGUGAACUGAGACUCUGGGACUGUCAGCAUGCAUCUCUGGGAAACCACAACUGUCAUCACAAAGAGGAUGCUGGAGUUUUCUGUGCAGUGCCGAAAGAAGUCCAGUUAGUGCAGGGGACUACAGCCUGUUCUGGUCGUGUGGAAAUAUUAUAUGGUGAUACAUGGGGAACUGUUUGUGAUGAUUCAUGGGAUCUGAAGGAUGCUCAGGUGGUAUGCAAACAAGUGGGUUGUGGCACUGCACUGAGCAGAGAGACAAGACCCAGCUUUGGACAAGGUAAUGGCACCAUCUGGCUGAAUAAAGUCACUUGCAGUGGCACAGAAGAUCACCUUUGGGAUUGCCAGCACUCUCUGCUUCGCCAGAAUAACUGCACUCAUGAGCAAGAUGUCGGAGUAAUCUGUGCAGAUAUUUCCAAGUCCACACCAUCAAAUGCAGCCCAGAAAGACCAGAGCAUUCUGAUGAUCAUGUGCUUCAUAUUGGGAGCUUUGCUUUUUGUAACAUUCAUUCUCAUCUUUGGGCAGUACCUACAAAAGCAAGAUCUAAGAAGGCAGAUCGAAGAAUGGGAAGUCACUUACUACCCUCAACAAGACAUGUAUUAUGAAGAAAUUGAGUAUAAAUUAGGAAGAACAUACAGUUUACCCAGAAAAGGCAGCAUGCUUUAUGAUAACAUAUCAUAUGAUGAUGUUAUGAAUGACUAUGCAGAUAAUUUUGCCUCUGGUGAUAUACCAUAUGAUGAUGUUGUGGAUGAAAAUGCAGGUAUGAAAACCAUCACCCAACAGAAGAAUCCAACAGCAAUUUGA